AUGAAAAAAAAUCCCUACAGAGUUGUUGUGGAGCUUUCACCGCAGAGCGAUAUUUUGCGAGCGGCAUGCACGUGUCCGGCUGGACUUGGUUUAUCUGGAAAAGGUAAAUGUAACCACGUUGGAGGAGUGUUGUUUGCGAUUGAAGAUUUUACAAGAAGGGGAUUAGAAAGGCAUGCCGAGCCUUUGUCAUGCACAUUGUGGCUGGCUGUCUGUGUGGGUUGUAGCCCGCAACCAAAGCAUUGCAGCUAAACCUCUUGACCAAGUGCUAAUCAGAAAGAUACGAUUUGGUAGGAAAAAUAUUCGUCUUCAGUCGAAGGUUAUAAAAUUUGAUCCAAGAUCACCCAAUCAA